CUCGCGCCCCUCCCCAUUCCUCAGCAGGUCGCAGGUUGCUGCCUUUCCAUCCCACUGGGACCGUGAAACCAUUCCCUGUUUUUCCUGCCAUGUGGAACACGGGCUCAGAGAAGAAGGGAUUCGCACGCACCGCUUCCGCGCGCUCCCGCACUCCGUAUGGCUCGCAGUGAUUGACGGACACACAGCAUGGAGUUCCAGAAGAGGCUUUCCUCCUGCUGGGAGAGCUUUUUGCGUUGUUUUAAAAAGCCGAACCAGCCCGUGGCCAAAACCCGCGGGGACAAAGACUUAGUUAUAGGAAAUCCCGAAUUUGACGGUCGUGAUGAACCAACGCCGCUUGCACCUGCGAUUCCCGGCGUUUAUUACAUCGCCCAGUACAACUACUCGGCGCGCACCGAAGAGGACCUGAGCUUCCACGCGGGGGACACUUUGGAGGCUCUCGAUAAAAGUCACGGCGAUUGGUGGUUGGCGAAAGCCCUGACCGGGGUCUCCGCGUCCCACCAGGGAUACAUCCCGGCUAACUAUGUGGCGCCCCUGGAGAGCGUCGACGCUGAAGCAUGGUAUUUUCCCGACACGAAGAGGCUUGAUGCCGAGAAGAUGCUGUUGGCAGAAGGGAAUCAGCAUGGUGCCUUCCUCAUCCGAAAUUGUGAAAGUCAGCAGGGGGAGCGCUCCCUCUCGGUGCUGGAUGCUGGGAAGGUGAAGCAUUAUAAGCUUAAAAAACUGGCGAACGGUCACUACUACGUGUCGAGGAACCGAUCCUUUGAAACAAUAAGGGAGCUUGUGGAACAUUACUCCAACCAUUCCGAUGGCCUCUGUGUGCGUCUCUGCGAGCCUUGCAAAAAGAUGGAGGCUCCACAGACUCACGGCCUCUCCUACAACACGGUGGACCAAUGGGAGAUUGAACGCAAAUCCAUCAAGCUCCUAAAGAAGCUUGGAGCUGGUCAGUUUGGCGAAGUGUUCGAGGGCCGGUGGAACGAAACCACAUCGGUCGCGGUGAAGACCCUGAAACCGGGUACAAUGGACGCGGAGGACUUCCUAAGAGAGGCUCAGCUCAUGAAGAGGCUGCGGCAUCCUAAGCUGAUCCAGCUGUAUGCAGUCUGCACUAUGGAGGAGCCCAUAUACAUCAUCACAGAGCUGAUGAACAACGGCAGCUUACUGGAGUACCUCAAUAAGGAUAAGGGCGUCACGCUGGGUAUCUCCCAACAGAUUGAGAUGGCGGCCCAGGUUGCCGCGGGCAUGGCUUUCCUGGAGUUGCAGAACUACAUUCACAGAGACCUGGCAGCCAGGAACGUCCUGGUCGGCGAGAACAACGUCUGCAAAGUUGCCGACUUUGGCCUCGCAAGGGUCUUCAUGAAAGAGAAUGAAAAUGUGUAUGAAGCCAAAGAAGGAAGUAAAUUCCCUGUGAAGUGGACCGCGCCGGAGGCCAUCAACGACCAUAAGUUCACCAUAAAAUCAGACGUCUGGUCCUUUGGGAUCCUGCUGUACGAGAUCAUGACGUUUGGACAGAUGCCUUACCCAGCCAUGUCAAAUUACCAAGUCGUCCAUCAGGUCCCCCAGGGCUACAGGAUGCCAAAUCCCCCCAACUGUCCCAAAGUCAUGUAUGACAUCAUGGCGGACUGCUGGAAGGAGAAGGAAAAUGAUCGGCCCACAUUCGAGACCCUGCAGUGGAAGCUGGAGGACUUGAUCUUUGACCAGGACGUGACCUCCUACGACGAUGCCAGCCGCUAUUAGAACACCAGAAAAAAAAUCCGACUGAACUUUUUGCACUGAAUCAAAAUCACACAAUGUACAAUAAUGUCUUUAUGACGCAACAGAUUGAAAUGUGAUUUAAAAUGCCACUCCUUUUUUCCGGUGACAUGACGGAUUUAAUAUGCGGCGAGGAAGUGCUGACUCACAGCAGAACGCACUUUCGAACUCUUGCCAUCGGAAGAGGCUUCUUUCAGCAGUGGAGGCCAACUGGCCAGACUGGUUCUUCCUGCUUUCCACGUAACGCACAUUCUGUCCUUUCCUUCCGCUAGGUACCUAGAGUUGUUGUGUUUUAUUUGUGAGCUCCGUUCUGUUUGACGUGUGCUGAUCCUUGCUGAUUGUAAUCAUUACAAUUAUUUACACUUACACAGAGCAACAGUAGCAUUGUUUUGACUAUAUCUUGCCUCCUGAUCAAAGUCACAUUCCCUCUUAGCUCGUCACUGGUCUCAACCAGCUCUGUAUCACUAUACCCACAAAGCUGCAGUGACGUCAUUCCUUUCUGCUCUAAGAGGGUACAUUAGUUGAAUACAUUUUGUUAGUCUUUCACGUGGGGAACUUCCAGUAUAACUGCUCAGUGCCUGACCAAAGUGAAACUGGAUUUAAUCCCUCAUGUUUUUUGUUAAACGCGGUAGUGCUGCUCUCAUAUCUAUGACCACGUUUUUUCUGACUAUGUAUCUACGCCAUGGAAGAGCUGGCACUACUAAUCUAAUGACGACAACUACUCAAAUGUAUGAGCCUGGUGAAAUAUCUCAUGCUCCAGUAGUUGUAUAUAAUGCGGUAAGUUCAAUGAGCAUAAUUUGACAUUUUUACAGUGUUUGUAGUGUAUUUUAUAAUUAUCCUGUGUAUAUAUGGUAAGAUUAAAUGAUUGAUAUUUACUUCAAUGUUUUAUCAUUGAUUUUGACUUGGAGAAGUGCAAUUGAAUAGCUUGUUAUUAUAAAUGAAGUGAGCUACGUCAUACAUAGAGAGAUUUGGAAGGUAAAAAAUGAACUUGAACUAAAGUUCACUUAAGAAUUAUUUGCCCAAAACCGCGAUCUAUUUAUUUCGAUCUAUUAUCGAUUUAUUUUUUAUUUGAUCUAACCUCUGUCCUCCAUACCUCCAUGGGCCCACUAGGUGGCACUCGGACCCACCAGUGGGCUGCUACUCGGAGGUGGAAGAUGUAAAGUUUCUCACUUUAGACUCUAUUACACGGGAUCUUUGUCCAUUUAAGGCCAUUUUUAUGUUGCACAUUGUCAUCUCUGACUCACAAUCUUGGUCUGUUUGCACAUUAUUGACCUUUCAUUUUAGCUAUAGGUUUCUCCACAUUCUGAUUCGACUCGCAUUGUUUCUGUCUGUCCCAUGUUCACGACAUCAGGGCAUGUCUCCUUCUGAGACGUCUUCGUUUUUUUUCUUAUUUGUGACACACUCAGACACUUGGUUCAGAGAUUCUACCACAUGGUGCAGUGGUAGUUGACAGCUGUGCAUAAUACAUAACUACAAUGUCCACAGGACAAAUCUGCCAAGUUUUGAUGUUGAUGUGCAUGUUUACACCUCUUUUUCUCUCUCAACGUGUCUCCUGUCUUGAGUGUCGGAUUAAAGGCCAGAAUAAAAAUA